UCUACGCUACAGCCCAGCUGUCACUCGUGUCACUCUUCUCAACCUUUGUAAACCUCGUCACGUUGACCGUCACCGCAUACCUGGGCACAGAUGAGGAAGGCGGAUCCGAGGAACCCUUUAGGGCGAUGCAACUCCCGCAUCUGACCAAGCUGUCGCUUCGCGACUCUGUUGUCCCGACGGCAGUCAUAGGCCGCAUACUCUCUGCACUCCCGCGCCUCUCUACGUUGCGCUUGGACGAUACGGUACUCCCCGGCGGUCAUACAGAGACCUGGAGUUCGACGGAUACUGUCACUCGUAUUGCCAAAUUACAGCUGGAGACCUUGGUCUUGGGUGGUAGAUCAGGAUGGGGGGAACCCAACGAGCCCCUCAUCAGCUCACCACUAUGCCGAGGCCUUCGAACACUCGUUCUCAGGUAUCUUCAACCUGAUGGUCUUCACAGUGAUAAAAUGCUCGCUGCAACCCUCCCACUCCUCCGCACGGCGGGACCAUCGCUCCAAGUGCUCACGCUGAUGGUGACGACCCCCGACACGCCCGAGCAGGCCUUCAACCUCUUGGACUUCUCGCUGAACACGAACCUUGCCGCUCUUCACACUGGCUUUGUGGCGAAUUCAGGCGUAUGGGCUCAUCGACUGACUGCCGUGCUUCGCCAGCUUCGGCGCUCACCGGCGAUAUAUUCCCUCAGACGCCUCGACGUCUAUUUGCUCCUGCAUGACUGUAGGGAGCCGCCGGCUCACGAGAACUACAUGAAGCCGAAAAACAACAAUCUCGGGAACAUGAUCGCUGUCACUCUCCGUCAGCACUGGCAGCUGGUUGUCACCUUCCAUGCUCGCGGUUCCUCGUACGCGGCUGGCUAUGCACGACGCGUGUUGGCGGAGUAUGUCGAGCAAUGUAAGCUGGAGGUCAUGAACGCAGAGACGCGUAAGCGCCUGCGAUUCGUGCAUGACCUGGCAGAGGACUGCCCGCCUUGGCACAGGGAGGAAUGGGCUACGGUACUGGACUGGGAUGAUGUGGGUAUUUCCGGGAGCGUUAUUCUUCUAGGUGCAGCGACUAGUGAUGAAACGGGAUGUCCGUCUCAACUUGCGACGUCAUCGGUUUGCAAGGAGACUAGAUCGUGCAGGCAGUAAAUGAGUGGUAUACGUAUAUCCGAGAUAUAUGUAGGUCAUAAUUGCAAUACAAGGGCGAUCCCGACAGUCUUCCUUACGCGAAACACUGUCAUUAUUAUACA